GGUGCUGCGGCUGCAGAGACAGAUCGCCCUGAAGCAUUUCAAGGAAUGUCUCCGUUCCGCCAAAACCCCUGCAGGCAGCACCGUGCCAAGAACUGCCACACGCCUGGGACCCGCUGUGCCAACACUAAAAACCCGCACGAAAGGUUCACCUCUGUGUAAGGAGGUUGGCUUGGGAGCCUCAGCACUUGGAGGGGCCACACGUGGGAGGUGGGACCAGGUGUGCAGCCACUGGGACCUGCCUCUGAAGGACAUGAAAAUUUCCCUCCCAAAAAUGCAAUAGCAGACCAAGAGAGCAGCCAACAGAUACAGCAGCUGGAAUUUGAACUCAAGAAAAAGCGCAAAAAAUGUGAAAACCUUGAGCAUGAAGUGAGGAAAAAACAUAAAAGAUGCAAAGAACUGGAGAUCCAGCUGCAGGAGGUACAAAGUGAAAAUGCACGACUGGCCAAAGAGAACUUGCAGCUGAAUGAGAAGGCUGGAUGGGCAGGACAGGUUGAAACUGAGAAUGCUGACCUGAAGCUGCAGGUUGUUUUGGUCAGUAAGGAACGGGAUUCAGUGAUUCAGACAAAUCAAGGACUCCAAACCAAGCUGGAGAGUCUAGAGCAGGUGCUGAAGCACAUGAGAAAUGUGGCUGAGAGAAGGCAGCAGUUGGAAGUUGAGCACAAGGAAGCAUUGGUAGUCCUGCAGGAGAAGCAAGAAGAGGUCAGACGGUUGCAGCAGGCACAGGCAGAGGCAAAAAGAGAACAUGAAGGAGCUGUACAGCUACUGGAGGCCCGGGUGAAAGAUCUGGAAGAGCAGUGCCGCAGUCAAACAGAGCAGUUCAGCCUCCUGUCUGAGGAACUCAAACAAUUCCGACUUCAAACAGGAAAAAUCGACCUCCUCACCUCUACACUGGUGACUUCUGAGCUUCCUCUUGCUCUGUGCAGCUCUUCCCCACAGACCCACGGGGAGCAGGAAUCAACUGUUUCUGGAUUGGUCACUCAGAGUGCAAAGAAGGUUCAGAAUGAAGAGACUAAGGAAUUGGAGUCAUUGCAGCAGGCACCUGAUGCCACUGUUGGCUCACCAGUUGCUGCUACCAGUUCACAGAAACAAGCCAAGAAAGUGGAAUCUCAGUCGAACUCUUCAAAAUCAGAAUCCAUGCAGAACAGUCCCAAAUCCUGCCCAACUCCAGAGGUGGACACUGCAAGUGAAAUGGAGGAGCUGGAUGUUGACAGCAUCUCUGUGAUGCCAGAGAGGGGCAGCCACGGCCCUGCCAAGCUCCAGGUGUUCCUGGCUCGAUACAGCUACAAUCCUUUUGAUGGGCCUAAUGAAAAUCCAGAGGCAGAGCUUCCACUGACUGCUGGAGAAUAUAUUUACAUCUAUGGAGACAUGGAUGAAGAUGGCUUCUUUGAAGGGGAGCUGAUGGAUGGGCGGCGAGGGUUGGUCCCCUCCAAUUUUGUUGAGCGAGUUUCAGACGAUGACCUCGUGACAUUUCUGCCUUCGGAGCUGAAUGAUCUCACCCAUAGUUCAUACCAGGAGAAAAGUUUGGUCAGUGCAAACACCAGCAGUGGAGAUAAGAGUGAUUUCUCCACUGAAGAGAGUAGCAUCAGCCCGUUGGCUAGUAGAGCAGAAGGAGACCAGGAGGAACCUGUUAGUCAUACAGCAGUGCCUUACCCAAGAAAACUGACUCUGAUCAAGCAGCUUGCCAGAAGCAUAGUUGUAGGCUGGGAGCCACCACUUCUGCCAGCUGGCUGCCCAGAAAUACAAAGCUACAACAUCUAUGUGGAUGAAGAGCUACGUCAAAAUGUGAAGAGUGGCUUUCAGACCAAAGCAGUGAUCGAGAAGCUGGAUUUAAAGACAAGAGCUUACCGUGUCUCUGUGCAGAGCGUGACAGAGCGAGGCAGCUCCGACAAACUGCGCUGCACUUUCUUUGUGGGGCAAGAUUUUUCCAUGGCACCAACUAUGCUGAAAGUCAGAAGUGUCACUGCCAUGUCAGCAGAGGUCACGUGGCUCCCCUACAACAGCAAUUACCACCACGCAGUGUAUCUCAACGGGGAGGAAUGGGACGUGACAAAACCUGGGGUCUACUGGUACACGUUCCACAACCUGCAGCCAAACACUCAGUAUGUUGCCAAGCUGGAGGCCCGGCCCUUGAAAACACCUUGGGAAGAGGUCCCAGAGGGGCAGGAGCAGAACUCGGCUGUGAUACACUUCACUACCCCACUAGCAGGCACACCUGAUGCUCCUUUGGAUGUCCAGGUGGAAGCUGGUCCCUCAGCAGGGAUCCUGGUUAUCAGCUGGUUACCUGUCACCAUUGAUGCUGAAGGCUCCUCCAAUGGAGUGCGGGUCACUGGUUAUGCUGUGUAUGCGGACGGACGGAAGGCAAUAGAAGUUACUUCUCCAACAGCUGGGAGUGUCCUGGUGGAUUUGUCCCAGCUUCAGAUGUUCCAGGUGUGCCGGGAGGUUUCUGUGAGGACGAUGUCUCAGUAUGGGGAGUCAGUGGAUUCAGUUCCAGCCCAGAUUUCCCCAGUUCUGCUGCAAGCCUCUCACUGCUCUUCACCUUCAAAUUCUGCUGUUUCUGCCACUUUUACCUCUAGACUGCCCCGUGGAGAAGCCAGGGGCUCUCCUCCUGCUCGCAGCCCAGCCACACACCAAACAGCUGCUCUUCUGCUUCAACAGAAAGUUCCUGUUGAUAGCUCAGAUGCCAAACUGACUGAUCUCCACUCCAGCCAUGACAGCUCAGUGCAGUCUCUGCCAGAGAAAGCCUCUUUGCUGCCACAGCUCUCCUCUCCCAGUGUGCCCUUGGUGCAGGACUUGGGCACUUCCCCGCGGGGAUCAGAUGCUGCAGGAGACAAGAAAUGUCUGACAGUGCCUCCCCAGCAAGCUGGCAGCACAGUGCUCCCUGGGGAGGGCACAGAGCCUGUCUCUUCAAGGGGAACAGAACUGCAAGGUCUGGGUGAAGGAACAGAGGUGCAGAUGGAGCAAUCUGUUCCCAAAGAGCCAGAGCUGGAAAGCCCAUCUAGCAGUAGCCUGCAGAUACAUCUGGAGACCUGCUACACAUGCUCUGUGGAGGAGGGACCAACAGAUCCUGAUGCUGAAAGAGAAAAAGAGGCAAAGGAGAAACACUUAAUCCCAGAGCCUCUGCCCUCCUCCAGCCAGGCUGAGGGGACCGAGGGCACCUUCCCAGACACAAGUGUGAGUGGGAGCUGCUGCCAGGACUUCCUGAAGCUGUCCUCGGGCAAGGAGGUGAUGAAGGAAAUGUCCAGAGUGAAGAGAGAGCAAGAAGAAAAACUGUCUGAGAUGGGAAGACGACAGCACACCCUUUUUGCUGAGCACAACCGUAGUUCUGACCUUUCAGAUAUUCUGGAAGAGGAGGAAGAAGAUGAACUGUCUUCAGAAGCUCUGGAAGAGAAGAACGGGGACCAGAGAGAGCCAUGUUCCCAGGAGAAUGUGGAAAAGAUGGAUCUUUGUGAUACUGACAGCGAUGAGGAGAUUCUGGAGAGGAUACUGGAGCUCCCCCUUCAAAAGAACCACAGCAAGAAAUUGUUUAGUAUCCCUGAAGUGACUGAAGAUGAGGAAGAAGAUGAGGAUGAGAAGUGUGUUACGGAGGAAAAGGCAGGCCCUCAAGACUCCUUGGAAGCACCUACAUGCCAUUCAGGAAGGACAGGGAAGCUGCUCAGCACCAAGGAGCUAUCUCUAAAGGCAGAUGGGAGUAAUACCCCCAAGGAUCUGUCUGUUCAGAUCCCACGGGAGGAGCCUGGUGUUAAGGAGAGCAGAGGGGUUGCAGACCAGGUGACUCCUGCCUCUGUCCAACCAGCCUGGAGUCAGAAGAAGGCAAACUGGAACUGGGGUUACCAAGAGAAUGAUUCCAAGUCUGGAACUGGGACAAGUUCUGCUUGGAGUAAAAAGAAGGGAAAUAAUUCUCGAGAGAAGAUGCGGAGUCGGCCUGAGAUGGGUAGGAAGAGGCAGAAUGACUUCACAGAGCAUUGCAGUCGUCUGCUGGGUAACUGCAGCCAGAUGGGAGGUGGGUUAUACAGAGCUCCUAGCCUCAGGGAGGAGCUGAACGUGGUCAGCAGUGCUGGUGGUAAGGAGGGGUUUGAUAUGUACAGUCAUGCCAGACAAAGCACCUUGCGAAAAAAGCAGACUAAAGCAGUGAUUUCAGGGUUUGCAGAACCUCUUGUGAUGGCAACACACUGCUCCAGCCCCAGGAGCCUGGAAAUAGACAUUGAAUAUGACUCUGAAGACGAUCAGGAUUCGACCUGUGCAUUCCCUACUGAGAGCAGACAGUGGCCAGAAAGGUCCCAGGGCUGUCAGAGGGACUGGAGUGAUUGCUCCAGUCAGUCUGAGGUUGCCCACACGGAUGGCAGAAGGGACCUGAGCAGACCAGAGGUGAUAGAAGAGCAGAGUAUGGAGUGGGCUGGAUCUCCGAGCCAGCGCCUGCAGUUCUGCCAGGAGAAGGAAGCACAGAGAUGUGAGAGCAGGUCUGAGGAGCAGGACUGGGAGCUGGACUGUAAGUCACCUGGCUGGAGAAGGAGGCUCGAACAUCCUUCGAAGGGGAUACGUAGCAUCUCCUUGCACAAAAGGGCAUCCAGUUACAGAGAGCGUAGGGGACAGGAGCUGCCUGGCACAGCUGCCUGGCAGGCUCCCAGCAGGAGAGGGAGCAAGAGCAUAAGAAGAAGCCAAAUGCAGAAACCUUUGCUCCCUGGUUCAGGUUCUUCAAGGAGCAUCACUUCAGAACCCUCUGUUAAUGAUGAUGGAGUUAGAAUAUUUGUGGCUCUCUUUGACUACGAUCCUGUUUCUAUGUCUCCUAAUCCUGAUGCAGCAGAAGAGGAGCUUCCAUUUAAGGAGGGACAGAUCCUCAAAGUGUGUGGAGAGAAGGAUGCUGAUGGCUUUUACAGGGGUGAAUGUGCAGGAAGGGAGGGCUACAUUCCCUGCAACAUGGUCUCAGAAGUCCAAGUGGAGAAUAAUGAAAUCAAGAAGCAGCUCUUAAAGCAAGGGUUCCUACCCACUGACACACGGAUGGAGAGCACAGGAAAUGGCACAUUUUCUCCACCUCCACGCCGCCAAUCCGUCCCUCCUCCAAAACCCAGACGCUCCAAGAAAGGGCUGGAUAAACAGAAGUGCAAGUCUCAUUCAGGACAGAAGGAUAAAGGCUAUGAAGCUGAACUGCUGACUUCUCGAAGCAUGGUGGCUGUGUUUGACUACAACCCUAAGGAGAGCUCUCCAAAUGCAGAUGUAGAGGCUGAACUGACCUUCAGUGCUGGGGACAUUAUCACUGUGUUUGGGUCCAUGGAUGAUGAUGGGUUCUAUUAUGGAGAGCUGAACCAACAGAGAGGGCUUGUCCCAUCUAACUUCUUGGAAGCUGUAACUUCAGAGGGAGGCAUGGUUGAGGAACUUCAUUCAAAAGAUAAAGAAGCAUUUCUGCUGAGUGCUGAGAGCCAGAGAAUGAGGAAGAGAAGAGUCCAGUGAUAGAUAUGAAUGAUACAUAGAGAAAGCAACCAUUUACAUCCAGAUGUGUCUGUUGAUCAGAGUGACUCCUCACCAACUCCUGCUCUACCACCUUCCUGCCUUGUCAUGGGUGAGCAAUGUCCAGAGCAGGCAUCACUGGCUGUUCUCAAAUGCAGUGAUGUAUCUGGUCAGAGCAAAAAGAAGAGAGGCUUCUUCAUCAAAGGAAAAAAGUUCUUCAAAAAACUUGGGUCCAGUAAGAAAAAUUAACAAGGGAUUUAUUGUUCUUUAAAGACUAUCUGUGCAGGAGAGGCCCUCUGCAAUAAGCUGAUUAGAGUAUUUUCAUAGGGAAAAAGUCUAUGUUGAAGAGAGAAAACUUUGGGUCUGUGAGCUUUGGGUCUCCCUGCUGAGAGCCCAGCUGUGGGCUGGGUGAGCCCUCUGAGCUGCCUCAGCACUGGGCUGAGUGAGGCCUCAGCUCUAGGAUGCAGCUACUUGUGCAGUAGUGUGUCCUGCUCCACCCAGCCCCCAGUGCACAGUUUCCCUGUAAAUAUUUCCAUUUAGAAACUAUAUUCUGGCUGUAAGUUAGCUAUAUGGCUUUUCCCAGCAGAGCCCCAGCCCCUUAGGAAGAGAUCCCUUGUACUACACACCCUGGUAUUUCUCUGGUCCAAAGGAGGUUGUGUCAUCUCCUUCACUCCCUGCAAAGAAAAUUUGCACUUUUCCAUUCCCACUGAUCCCCUUUGCUGUCUCUGGGUUGACAAGUGAGUUAUUUGUACUGUAAUCCUGUAAAUAUGCAGCUGUGCCUAGGAGCAUCCCAGGCUGCCUCAGUCAUGGUUCAGCACGAGGAGGGUCCUGGGGAAGGGGUUUGAUCCUUCUGCCCAGCAGGUGGGCUGCUGUGAGCUGCUCUGGGCUGGUUCACCUUGACCACAACACUGGCUGGGGACUCUGCCUUAUUUAUUUAUUUAUUUAUUUACCUACCUAUCUAUCUAUUUAUUUAUUUAUUUCUUAUUUUUCAUCUGCCUGGUUCAGAGUUUCAGUUGGCUGUUGCUGUGAGCUGCUCCCAAGUUGGAGCAUUUGGAAAGCAAAGCUGGGGAUGGAGAGUUUGCAGCUAUUUUCAUAUGAGAUAACGUGCUCCCUGAGUUAAGACACAUCCCUUUCUAAGCCACGAGAGUUUUGUACUUCAUGGUUUCUAUCCUUUUCAGUGUUCCUUUCUUUGCAUGUUUCAGUAUGUUACUUGUUUCGAGAAGGACACUUGAUGUGAGUUAUGUGAAUGAUGCCAGCACAGUGUCCAUGAGUGUUGGUGAUAUGGUAUGUUUUUAUUUAAUAUCAGAUUUUAUUAUAAUAAAGUCUAUUUUCACAAAAAUACAUUUUUCCUUAAAAA